AUGAUGGAUCUAAGAGGGGCACCGCUCAGCAAGGGGAUCUCCACUCCAAGCGGUUUCGUGCAGUGCAGCGUGCACAAUGUCCGGCGCAAGGCCGAGUGUUGCGAGAUGAAGCCGGUGCUGAACGCGGACAUGGAGGUGAUCGACUACAGAUGCGUCUGCAAGCAGGCCUUCACCUGUAAGUCGGCUAGUGAGCGACAGAGCAGUGAUCUAGCAGGCGGUGCUGUGACUGCGGACGCUCGCAAAAGCGCUCGGAAUGGUGAGAGCAGCGGUGCAACACCGCUCGUCAUAGACGCCAGUAGCACGAGCAUGACGGCUCACUCAGUGCACCAUCACCAUCAAGGGCAGCUCAGUGCCACCGGGGCAGCAGAUAGGAAGGCAGGCAUGGGUACUCUCUUCGCCGUGUCUUUUCACGCUGCCUCGCGCAGCGCACCAGACGCGAGCACCUUUGCUAAAACUACCGUUGUCUCGCCCAAAUCCUUUCCAAGCGACAGGGAAGAUGAGGCCGGCGACAACGACGAGGGAAAGGAUGACGAGAAUGGCGAGGGCACGAGGGGAGACGGGAUGACAAUCAGCGACAGCGACGCCGAUGACGUAGAUGCCCUCGACAACUUACCUUCGUUCACUGCCGGGGCCGCCCCAGCCACCGCCACCGCCGCUGCCGCGUCGCUCCCUACCGCUCCACGAGGACGUUCGCGCUACUACGACUCCGUGCAGAACGCUGGCACCGGCGGCUAUGCACCACCAGCCAAGGUGUGCUGGAGCUGCGGCAUGUCAGGACACGAGAAGCCCGCUUGCCCCAACGCGUUGUGCCGCACCUGCCACCAGAAACGCGGCCCAUACGGGCUACCACACCGAUGCACGCCUGUGGUCACGCCUUCGCCGUUCAUUGUGUGCCCAACGCCAUCUGAGUGGCGUGCGGCAACUCAGAAGACAGCAACCGCAGUGGGGGAGCCGAAGGGUAUGGCAGCCGUGCGCUGUGUGGCCUGCAACGAGUACGGCCACUUCGACUGCUCCACCGUGGUGCUGCCUUCCUCGUACGCCCUGAUUGCCUCGUCGCCCCCUGGCCCUGCCGCGGUGCCGCAGACGGCCACCCCCACCUGUUGCUUCUGUGGUGUCCGCGGGCACACCGUCUUCGGUUGCCUGCAGCGUGAGCACGUCAACCCGGACUACUUUGAGCGGCGCAACCAGCUCGUCGCGGACGCCCUGCGCUGUGGCAGAGGCAAUGCAGCAGCUGGUGUGUCCUUUAACAACAGUGGCGGCAACCUCAGUGGCAGCGGCUACUCCUCGCAGCAGCAAUACCAGCAGCGGUCCUACGGAAGUCCCACAGGCGGGGCACAGUCAUCGUUCUCCUCGCUCACGCGCUACGGCAACAACCGUGACGGUGCUGGUGGUGUCCAGCGCCGUGAGCGAGACUGGCGCGACGAUCGCGGGCAGCGCGGCGGUGGCAACCAGUAUAGCAACAGCCGCCGUGAGGGUGGCGCGUACCACCACAACUCCGGCUGUGUUGAUCGGGAUCAUCAGCGACAGUGCUACGAGUCUCCGUCGCUCUCUCGUACUGGCGGCGGUUAUGCCUCGCCAUCGUUAUCUAUCCCGCGCAGUCGAGACCCUUUUCAAGGAGGUAGACGUGGGCACCACGAGGGGCGAUCGCUUGACAAGUACGGUGGCAGCCGCCACAGCCACUCAGAGGGCGAGCAGGGCGGUGUUGGGUCACGUGGGCAUGGUCAGCGGUCGCAUUAUCCGCAGCAGUCGCAGCACCAUUGCCAUCAAGGCUCGCGGAGUGGCAGCGGCUAUGGUGGAGACAGCGGUCACUACAGCGGUGACAGCCUGUUUUAG